UGAAGCCAGCACCACCAUCAGGACCCAGUGCAGAUCAGUACAUGAUCUCUCCCAUCACUGGAGAAAAGAUCCCUGCUCACAAAGUUCAGGAACAUAUGCGAAUUGGUCUGCUGGAUUCGAAAUGGAUGGAGGUUCGCCAGCGAACAAUUGCAGACAAAACAGACCAAGAGGAAGUGUUUGCCCCUGGUUCUGCUAUUGAUUCCAACUUGAAGCAGCUGGCAGAGAGACGUACUGAUAUCUUUGGUAUUGGUACAGAGGAAACUCAGAUCGGUAAAAAGAUUGGAGAGGAAGAAAAGAAGGAUACUAAAGUGGUCUGGGAUGGCCACACUGCUUCCAUUGAGAAGAUCUCACAGCUGUCCAGGGAGAAUAUCUCCAUUGAGGAGCAGAUUGCUACCAUCCAUAGGGCAAAGGGACUUGUGCAUGAUGAGGAGAAAGAGAAAAUUGGACCUGCAGUUCCCAAACCAGCUCCUCCACUACCACCACCUCCUCCUGCUGUUACAUCCACAUCUGUUCCUCCACCACCACCUCCACAGCCAACACCAACCUUAGCGGCACCUCCACCUCCGCCAAUGCAACCGCCACAGCAACAGCUUCGUCCACCCACUAUGAUCCCCCAGAUGCCCCGACCACCUAUGAUGGGCGGUCCUAUCGGCAUGGCUGGAAUGAUGAUGCUGCCACCUCGACCCCCAAUAAUGAUGGGCAUGCCCCGACCGCCAAUGAUGGCUCCAAUGAUGGGACUACCGCCUGCACCACCUAUAAUCUCCCAGCAGAUACCUCUGCGACCUGUAGUUAGUAUCCCGGAUGAACCUCCUAACAAGAAACAGAAGACAGAGGAAAAUCUGAUCCCAGAGGAUGUCUUCUUGCAGAAGUUCAAGGGAAGUGUCAAGGUUCUAGUUGUGGUACCAAAUGUCUCUGACAAACCUGAAUGGAACUUGAAGGGACAGACAGUUGAAUACAACUUGCCUCUCACAGAUUCCAUAUCGGUGUUGAAGGCCAAAAUUCACGAGUCUCUGGCCAUGCCGGCAGGUAAACAGAAACUGCAGUACGAGGGCAUGUUUGUUAAGGAUUCCAAUAGCCUGGCCUUCUACAACUUUAUGAAUGGUGCAACAGUGCAUCUGCAGAUGAAGGAGAGGGGUGGCCGGAAGAAGUAG